UGGCAAGAGAAUUCUGAAGAAUCUCCCCCUCGCUGAGCUGCACAGCAAAAUACAUCUCCAACGAUUUAAUACUCUGAGAACCGAAAGGACACUUGACAGCAAUAACUAUUCUUAGUAACCGUCUAAGCGCGAAACAAUUACAAUGUCGGCAGCAGUUGCGUCGCUAUUUUCCCUCAGCGGCAAGACCGCCAUCGUGACAGGAGGAACUAGGGGCAUUGGGCAGGCAAUGGCUUUUGCCCUUGCAGAAGCUGGUGCCGAUAUCAUCUUGAUUCAGAGAGACGAGUCGAACACAUCGACUCGCGAUGAGAUCGUCAAUCGCAUUGGCAAGAAAGCUUGGAUCCACGUGGCAGAGUUGUCGAAUCGGGAAUCGAUCAAGGGUGUCAUUCCAGCUCUGACCAGUCAAGGCCUCAAGCCAGAGAUCCUACUCAACUGCGCCGGAAUUCAACGGAGACACCCCAGUGAAAAGUUCCCGGACGAAGAUUGGGAUGAGGUUAUCCAAGUCAAUUUGACGUCCGUAUUUACGUUAUGUCGAGAGUUCGGUGCAUACUUGUUGGCGCGAGAUGAGUCAGAGUUUCCAACAGGUCGUCGUGGAGCUAUCAUCAAUGUCGCAUCGCUCCUCACCUUCCAGGGAGGUAUCACGGUACCUGCAUACGCAGCGUCAAAGGGAGGUGUCGCGCAACUGACGAAGGCCCUCUCCAACGAAUGGGUGGCCAAGGGUAUCAACGUCAAUGCAAUUGCUCCUGGAUACAUCGCCACAGAUAUGAACACUGCCCUGAUUAACGAUUCCAACCGCAAUGCUGGUAUCAUGGCUAGAAUCCCGGCAGGCAGAUGGGGCAAGCCAGAGGACUUCAAGGGCGUGAUAGUGUUCUUGGCAAGCCAAGCGAGUAGCUAUGUCUCAGGCGAAAUUAUCACCGUUGAUGGCGGUUGGAUGGGACGGUGAAAAGUCUUGUGGCGACAAAUUUCACUGUUCUCUUUUCGUCCGUUUUUCUCCUGAC